AGGUGAGUCGGUGUGUUGUGGACUCGUGGUGCUGGCUGCCGCUGUUCAGGCGGCCGGGAACGGGCGGUGGGGAGCGGGCGGAGCUGGCCUUGCCUCUGCCUGGCCGGCGCCGCAGUCGGCGCGGGCUGCGCCCGCCGCCGCCAACUGCCCUGAGCGCCUGCUGAGGCCGAGGGAGACGUCGGGGCCUGCACCUGGAGGGAGCCUGCCGCGCUGGCCCCGAGGAGGGGGCGUUGCCAUGGCGACAGCCUCUCCCGCUGCUGACGGGGGACGGGGGCGGCCCUGGGAAGGAGGGCUGGUCUCCUGGCCCCCCGCCCCUCCCCUUACUCUCCCCUGGACUUGGAUGGGCCCAAGUUGGGGGCAACACCCCGGGCAUUGGGGCUUUCCAGCUCUCACAGAACCUUCAGCAUCCCCAGCUGCCGGUCUUGGCAUCUUCGAAGUAAGGAGAGUUUUAGAUGCUUCUGGAUGUUCAAUGCUAGCACCUUUACAGACUGGAGCAGCUCGAUUUUCUUCGUAUUUACUUUCAAGAGCAAGAAAAGUGCUGGGCUCCCACUUAUUUUCUCCCUGUGGUGUUCCGGAGUUCUGCUCCAUAUCCACCAGAAAGCUGGCGGCCCACGGCUUUGGCGCAUCCAUGGCGGCAAUGGUGUCCUUCCCUCCCCAGAGGUAUCACUACUUUUUAGUGCUGGACUUUGAGGCCACGUGCGACAAGCCACAGAUUCAUCCUCAGGAAAUCAUCGAGUUCCCCAUCUUGAAGCUAAAUGGCCGGACCAUGGAGAUUGAGUCUACCUUUCACAUGUAUGUCCAGCCUGUAGUCCAUCCACAGCUUACCCCAUUCUGUACAGAGCUCACCGGGAUUAUUCAAGCCAUGGUGGAUGGUCAGCCAAGCCUGCAGCAAGUGCUGGAGAGGGUCGAUGAGUGGAUGGCGAAGGAAGGCCUCUUAGACCCAAACGUCAAGUCAAUUUUUGUCACCUGUGGAGACUGGGACUUAAAAGUCAUGCUCCCAGGCCAGUGCCAGUACUUGGGCUUGCCGGUGGCGGAUUACUUCAAGCAGUGGAUUAAUCUGAAAAAGGCUUACAGCUUCGCCAUGGGCUGCUGGCCCAAGAAUGGACUUCUAGACAUGAACAAGGGCCUCAGCCUGCAACACAUAGGCCGGCCCCACAGCGGCAUUGGGUCUGCACUGGCCUGCCUGGAUAGUGCCUUGGGAGAGGGUGCUGGCUCCUUCCUCCCUGAGCUGACCCCCUUGGAGCCCCAGAGACAUCUGAGGAAUUGGUUCUUGCCAGACACCAGACUACUCUUCAGUAGCAACCAUAGAUGGAAGAAUGACUAGAUGGAUGGACGACUGCAAGAACAUUGCCAACAUCAUGAAGACACUCGCCUAUCGAGGCUUCAUCUUCAAGCAGACAUCGAAGCCGUUCUGAUUGGCCGAGGACAGGAUGGGGCAGGACAGGGUAGCUGUUUGGCCCAGCCCAGAAUCCUCCUCUCCCUCACCAGAGGGGAAGAGGGAGAGUGGCAUAGCUCUGCAUCCAGAGUGUCCCCCAGCUGCCCUGUGGGCUUGUGCCCUUGCAAGGGCUUGGCCACUUGGCCCUUCUGGAGCAGACACUUUGUGCCCCCCAUCCCCACCCCUCAAUCUCAGCCCAGUAUUAGCCCCUCCCAUUGCGGGCCUGGGCUAGGGGAACCCAGGCACUCACCGCCUCCUCCCUGGUACACAGGCUUGUGUGGGGCCACCAAGCCCCCCCUGUGCCCCCUCCCAUCCAUAGUGCAUGGUGUGUGGUGCCCCCAGGGCUCCAGGACAGAUCAGGCCCCACCUUGUGUCUACCCCCAUCCCCGCUGUGAACGUGCCACUGAAUAAAUUCGGGGAAACGAGGCA